AUUCUCUAAACCGGAAAUGGAGAUCUUGAAAGGUUGAUUGAAAGAGGUUUAGAUUAGAAAGCUAGUAAUCCUACUAUACUAAUCUAAUUUAACGUCUUCACCAUCAUAAAAUAUCUAGCAUGACUUCAUCUGACAGCUUUCGACCGUUUGUGAAAAGGCCCUCAGGAGUGACUCGGCAGCUCAGCAAAGAUGAGGUAGGGCAGCAAGCCAGGGUUCUCCUGAACCAGUUCAUACAGGACAGACUGGCAAGUGAAAGUGAGCAGGAGCAAGUACUGCACAUAGAAGAUUUACAGGACCCAUGUACCCCUACAGGUCCUCCAUUAGAAUAUGUUCGAGAAAUUGGCCGAGCUUUACGAUGUAUAGGAGAUGAACUUGACAGAAACGAACAGAUUCAGAGUCUGUGUGACCAAGUGAACCCGAGUGCAAACCAUGAAACAUUCUUCAAUGUGGCCAAUAGUUUCUUCGCGGAUGGUGUUUACAACUGGGGUCGAGUGGGGUGCCUAUUUUACUUUGCGUAUAAAAUGGCUGUAAAGGCGCUAAGCAAAAUUAAUCUGAUCAGGUCUAUAGUGAAUUGGGUAGUUAACUUCAUCACAGAUUAUGUGGCCAGUUGGAUCAUAGACAGAGGUGGAUGGGAUGCCAUUAUAGAAUACUUUGGGACCCCCAAGAAUCAGUUUUUUGGAAUCGUUAUUCUGGGAUUGGGCGUGAGUGCUGGACUAUACCUCUGGAAGGCACUGAAAUAAAGACUUAAGUGUCUACCUUUUGAUCAUUGUUGGAAUCAUUUGAUAUAAAAACUUGUAUGUGUACUCUUCUGUAGGAAGUGUACCGUGAAUAGAUUUUUUCAUGUACCAUUUUAAGUGUAUUGUAAUUUUUUAUUGAAAAAAUCAUGUUGAAUUUCACCAGAUCAUGUUUUACAUGCAGGAUAACAUCAGAUCAUGUUUUACAUACAGAGAUUGCUAAAGAUUUUUUGUAUCUUUCAUAUUCUGGCCAAUUAGUACAGUGUAAUGUAAGAUAAGUGUUUUUCUCCAAACAUUUUCCAGCACAACACAAAAUCAUGGAAACAUGGAUCACAUAAAACACACCUGCACACUGUGUUUGAAACAUUCGAUGUAUCAUAUUAUUUUUUGUUCUUGAAUUUUAUUCUAAAGAGUACCUAAUGCUUUCAGCUCUUUUGACUGUAAUAGAGUAUCAAUUGCUAUGAACUCUUUUUAUUGUACGAGGGUACCUAAUGUUAUGAACUCUUUUUACUGUAGGACAGUAUCUAAUGCUAUGAACUCUUUUUACUGUAAGAAAGUAUCUAAUGCUAUGAACUCUUGUUACUGUAAGAAAGUAUCUAAUGCUAUGAACUCUUGUUACUGUAAGAAAGUAUCUAAUGCUAUGAACUCUUUUUACUGUAAGAAAGUAUCUAAUGCUAUGAACUCUUUUUACUGUAAGAAAGUAUCUAAUGCUAUGAACUCUUGUUACUGUAAGAGAGUAUCUAAUGUUACAAACUUUUGAUUGUAAAAGAGUACGUAAUGUUAUGUAUGCUAAAUGCAAGUGCCAUCAAGAAAUUUUACAAUACUAUAAAUUUGUCAUAGUGAAUGUUGUCAAUGUAAUUGACUUUAGAAUGAUGUCUUUUUCAUCCUUCACCAACUGCUGAUAAGUUCUGUUCAUUGAGAAAUAUUUGAAAAUGUCCUGAAGAAAAGUAUGUAAAACUAUAUUGUUAUUUAGAUUAUUUUAUUUCUCAGUCAGUGGUUUAUUAGAAUUUUUGUUUGAUGGAAUACAGAUCCCAUAUUCUAUAACUAGUGUGUAUAGUAUUUCAUUUUGUACGAAACAUGUGACUAUUUAAUAAAUUUCAUGUGUUUUAGAAAUGCUCAAGAUGAA